GAGUCACCAGCAAGAAAGGGGCGAUCGAGUUUAGUUUUGUAAGCACUAGGGCCCAAACGCAAAACUAAAUUCCAAAAAAAAAUGCCGAUCAUGAGAAUCGCCAUUGGAAACCCGGCCGAAGUCGGCCAAGCUGAUGCUCUCAAAGCAGCGCUGGCUGAGUUCAUUUCCGUGCUCAUCUUCGUCUUUGCUGGCGAAGGCUCGGGGAUGGCUUUCAACAAGCUCACUGAUAACGGAUCGACGACGCCGGCCGGCCUUGUGCAAGCAUCGCUAGCCCACGGUUUCGCACUGUUUGUGGCAGUUGCUAUUGCUGCAAACAUUUCCGGUGGACAUGUCAACCCUGCUGUCACAUUCGGCGCCUUCGUCGGUGGACAUAUUACUUUGGCUAGAAGUUUCAUGUACUGGAUCGCUCAGUUGCUCGGGUCCGUGGUUGCUUGCCUGCUUCUUAAGUUCUCAACCGGUGGAUUGGAAACUUCAGCUUUCUCCCUGAGCUCCGGAGUCAGCGCAUGGAACGCACUGGUAUUUGAGAUCGUGAUGACUUUCGGUUUGGUGUACACGGUCUACGCCACUGCCCUGGACCCCAAGAAGGGCAACAUCGGGAUCAUUGCCCCAAUGGCGAUCGGCUUCACUGUGGGUGCCAACAUCUUGGCUGGUGGAGCCUUCGAUGGCGCUUCCAUGAACCCCGCUGUCUCUUUCGGGCCAGCUGUGGUGAGCUGGUCGUGGGACAACCACUGGGUGUACUGGCUCGGCCCGUUCGUCGGUGCUGGAAUCGCAGCCACCGUCUACGAGCUCUUCUUCAUUAACCAGACACAUGAACAGGUCCCUUCCAGUGAGUUCUAAAGUGAAGUGAUCAAGAAAGAAAACGAAGAUCUCUCUCGCUGUGUUUUUCAGCUGGAGAGAUGAAAAUUGUGUGAAAUUUGGGUGUUGAUGUCUGGUCUGGUUUUCAUUUUCGGGUGGCCUCGUGGGUUUUUCUUUUUCUUUGUAAUGUAUCAAUCUCUCUGUUAUUAUUGUCAAUCAAUUGUCUUCAAUGAAUCAGUCCUUUUCCAUUUUUGGUCAA